AUGGUCACCCUCCGUCCUAGCGUUGGCAACUAUGAGGAUGACUCGGAACUCAAGCUUCCUAAAAUUGCGUCGCUAUGCAUCAUACUUACGAUGAACCUACUACUGCAGAUCUCGUUCUUCAUCAUUGUAUCGUCGUCCAAUGAGUAUGCCCAGUACUUGGGUGGCAGUUCAACAUUCUCUGGGCUGGUCAUUGGUAUACCCACUGUUUUUGGGGGUCUGGCACUCAUCCCUAUGACGAAAUUCGACAAGGGCGGAUAUGCCAUGCCCUUGCAUGUCGGCUGCCUCACAGCGAUUCUAGGUCACAUUGCUUAUGCCAGUGCCUAUCGACUUCAUUUCCUAUACCUGAUCCUUAUCGGACGUUGUUUGAAUGGGAUAUCGUUCACUGGGUUCAUGUAUACUAAGCGGUACUGCACAGACCCCCGCAUCGUAGGCAUCCGUCGUAGAACCACUUUGGCGAGUUGGUUGGUCGUCGGACAGGGUUUGGGGAUGACUCUUGGACCUUUCUCCGGCGGUUUGCUAUAUAAGAUUGGGUUUUCCAGCCCAAUUUUUAAUGGGUAUACCAGUCCGGGUUGGGUCAUGGCUGGUGUUUACGCGAUUUUCUGGGUCAUCAUUGCGAUAUACUUCGAGGAUCUUCCUCAGGUGAACGGGAUUCCUUCACAGCCGACGAAUUCACUGCCGCUCCAGGUCGUAAAUGUACCGGGACCCAGCCAUGAUGAUCAAGGAGGAACCCUAUUCACACGGGCAACUGUAAGCACACCAACUUCACGAGUUACCCUCUGGAUUCUAUUUCACCACGUUCCUGCCACACAGUGCGGUGUGAUAUUCUGUAUGUGUUGGUUUGCCAUGUUAUGCUUCUUUAUUUUGGGCUCUUGGGAAGCCAACCUCCCCGUAUUUGGGGCCGCCACACCCGAUCUUCGUUGGUCACCUUUCGCAGCAGGGAAUUUCAUCGCGUUAGGUGGCAUCACAGCAUUCCCAUUUCUCCUCGCAAAUAUUUUUUUUGCGGGCCGAAUUCAAGAUCGAAAGCUGCUUGCCUUAGGAUGCGGACUAGGCCUAGCAGGAUUGGCUGUUUUCCUGUCGCUGUUGCGCACGGGAAAGAUUAACUACGGCUCGCUUUUCAUGUGCUGGUGGGCAAUUGCUCUGGGCUUUAAUCUCGCGACGACGGUGACGCUCAGCCUUCUGAGCAAACAACUCCCACCCGAACGGAACAGGUGGUCGUCGAUGGCAAUCCAGUAUUCCAACUAUACUGGUCGUGUCACAGGUGCUGUAUGGGGAGGAUCGGGCGUCUCUGUCGGGAUGCUGAAAUACACAGGGUUGGAGAUAGCACUAGUCGGAAUCGGGGCGGUGCUCUUCAUGACACUUUGGAGAAAUCUGAAGACCAAGACCGGCUGA